GUGUUCAGGCUCAGUAUGUGAUGGCCAGGCUGGUCCCCGGGACACGAGCGCUCCUGAGCGAGGAGGACGAGCCGGAUGCGUGCGCAGAUGUGUGUGAUCUGACCGGGCGAGUGCAAGACUCCGCUGUGGCGCUGUGGAGGAACACACAGAUCCGAUCCCUGAGGAAACGGCCUCAGUAUCAGCUCUCGUUCUCGGAGUGGCUCUCAGCUGAGCUUCAGGUUCACCGGAGCCGAGAUGCCCUGACAGAUGCAGAGAGGCAGGAGUAUGAGCAGUGGGCGUGUCAUCAGUAUCUGCACAUGUCGGAGUGUGACGGAGGCUGUGAUGGAGACGUGACUCAGAUCUGCGCUCGCAUCAUCUCUGCUGUUCUAGACCAUCACACGACGUCGCGGACAGGAGCGCGCUCUCCUCCACCCACAGACUGCUGUCUGCCGGACCUGCUGUCGCUCCUACAGGCGUUCCUGUAUGAAGAGCUGCUCACUCACAGCGCAUCAAAGGACACGGGUCACUUCCUCUGGGACCUGAUUGACAGCAGGUGCUCCGUGACCCCUGACCCCGACAGCAUCGCACAGGAGCUGAAAUAUCAGCAGACGCUUCACGACGUGAGCCGGGUUCUAGCUCUUCUUCCUGCUGCCCUGCUGGUGUCCGCCAGAACCGACCGGAGAACCCUGGACUGCCGUCGGAUGAUGGACCACAUCACGCAUGUUCAGAGGAGGGCGAGUGGUUCUGCUGGCCUGCUGUCGUUCAGUCUCACGGCUCACUUCCUCAAAGCGGUGGUGUGUGUCGGCGCGAGCUGUGCCGGUCCUGCUGACGCCGUGAACGCGUGUGUGUCGGAGUUCAGCGCUCAGUGUCCACUGCUGCUGCUGUCUGCUGCGCGCUGGUGGAGGCGUCUCUCUGUGGUGCUCAGCUCGCAGUGGAAGCGUCUGACUGGACGAGAUGCUCUUCCUCAACAGCUGCAGAUGCUGGACGACAGUCACAGCUGGAGCUCACGGCUGAUUAAGGGACUAGCGUCCGCGGCUCCGGCGGCUCCAUCAUGGCUGCUGGCCGCGGCUCUGCACAGCGUCCUCAGGAGAUCCGACAGCGAGAGCAGGAGACGGGUCCUCACACAGCUGGACGACAAGGAUCAGGUGUGGCUCUUCCUGUUUCUCUACAGUGUGAUGGAGCUCAUCUCUGCUCAGCUGAACGAACAGGUAUCGCCUGACACGACCCACACGCUCUCUGAUGACGUGUGUGUGAAGCGUGUCCGAGACGCCAGUGCGGGUCUCCUCGCUCACCUCCUCCUGCACGAUGCUGAUUGGCUGCUGCUGUUUGAUCAAUCUGGAUCAGAUCACAGACUGUCUGGUUUCUCGUCACGUGUGGCGUCUCCGCAGAUCCUCCGACUGAUGCCGUUUGCCUUCUACAGCAUCCUCUCUGCGCUGGACUCAGAGGUCCUGACGCGAGCGAUCCGAUCUCCUGGCUUCCUCUACAGAGCUGCCGUCUGCUACAGGGAUCUCAGUCAGCUGAUCAUGAGCGGCUCAACCACACAGCAGCAGGUCCUGCUGGAGGCCCGUAAACUGCUGAUGACCAGCAUCUCUCUGAGCUCACGCACCUGUCUGUCACUCAGCCAGAGAAAACAGCUGUGCUCGGAGUACGAGGAGCUGGACGCAGAGAUCUCGGCGGCGCUCGCACACGUCACAUGACCAACAGCAGCACAGGUGACGCCUUCAGGAACACGUGACUGGCUGAGCGUAAGAUCAAACCCUGAUGAACUCUGACCGGUCUCAUGGAAACCGGAACCCACCAAUCAGCUGCCAGAACAGUGAAGCCACGCCCACUACAGCAGCGGCUGACGGACAUCUAUAUGCAUUUCAGAUGAAGUCUAUAUCCUAAUGCAUUACAUAUAAACAAUAAAAAAUUUCACAGUUAAUAUUCAGCUUUUAAAAUGGCAAAGCUUGUGUUUUAAAGCUCUUUGUGAACCAAUAUAAAUGAUUCAAUUCGUGAUAUUUUUG